GUUGACAACACCCUAGCCUUGGGCUGGCAGAAGUGCGGACAACUCUGCCUGGGAGGCUGCCUGGGCUCCGCCCUUUGGGUCCAGCUCCCGCGGCGCCCGAGGCCCGACCCCGACAACACCGCCCCCUAGGGGUGUGGACAGGAACUGAGCUGCCGGCGCGGUCUCCUAACCUUCAAACCACGUCCCACACCCCGCGACUACGGGCACCUACAGGUCGACAAGAGCAGUCUUCAGUCUUCUGGGCCCUGGUCCCCAGGCCUGCCGUCUUACAGAUUUAAGAAUAAAAUCGGACUCCUACAGCAUCACCCGCUCGGCAGGGAAGGGAGUCCAGAGAAGCCUGGGAAAGAACCCACAACCCUCCGGCCGUCCCUACCCCGCCCCUUGCGUCUCUGGCCCCGCCCCUUGUCUGGCGCCCUGACGUCACAGCGCGAGCCGAGCCCUGCCUCCUGUCAGAGGCGGCCAUUGUUCAGGGUCGCGCUUGCUUCCCUGCCUUGGCUGCUUCCCUGCCCCAAGUCCAGGUCCCUCGGUACGAUUGGGAGAGGGGAUCGGGCCCAGGUGCUGGACAACUGGGGUCCUCCGUGCAGGCCGCUAUGAGUAAACGGAAGGCGCCGCAGGAGACGCUCAACGGGGGAAUCACCGACAUGCUCAUGGAACUCGCAAACUUUGAGAAGAACGUGAGCCAGGCUAUCCACAAGUACAAUGCUUACAGAAAAGCAGCAUCAGUUAUAGCAAAGUACCCACACAAAAUCAAGAGUGGAGCAGAAGCCAAGAAAUUGCCUGGAGUAGGAACAAAAAUUGCUGAAAAAAUUGAUGAGUUUUUAGCAACUGGAAAAUUGCGUAAACUGGAAAAGAUUCGGCAAGAUGAUAUGAGUUCUUCCAUCAAUUUCUUAACUCGAGUUAGUGGCAUUGGUCCAUCUGCUGCAAGGAAGUUUGUAGAUGAAGGAAUUAAAACAUUAGAAGAUCUCAGGAAAAAUGAAGAUAAGUUGAACCAUCAUCAACGAAUUGGGCUAAAAUACUUUGAGGACUUUGAAAAAAGAAUCCCUCGUGAAGAGAUGUUACAAAUGCAAGAUAUUGUACUAAGUGAAGUUAAAAAACUGGAUUCUGAAUACAUUGCUACAGUCUGUGGCAGUUUCAGAAGAGGUGCAGAAUCCAGUGGUGACAUGGAUGUUCUUCUGACCCAUCCAGACUUCACUUCAGAAUCAAGCAAACAGCCAAAGCUAUUACAUCAUGUCGUGGAGCAAUUACAAAAGAUCCAUUUUAUUACAGAUACUCUGUCAAAGGGUGAGACCAAGUUUAUGGGUGUUUGCCAACUUCCCAGUAAAAAUGAUGAAAAGGAAUAUCCACACAGAAGAAUUGAUAUCAGGUUGAUUCCCAAAGAUCAGUAUUACUGUGGUGUUCUCUACUUCACUGGGAGUGAUAUUUUCAAUAAGAAUAUGAGAGCUCAUGCCCUAGAACAGGGCUUCACAAUCAAUGAAUACACUAUCCGUCCCCUGGGAGUCACUGGAGUAGCUGGAGAACCCCUGCCAGUGGACAGUGAGAAAGACAUCUUUGAUUACAUCCAGUGGAAAUACCGAGAACCCAAGGAUCGAAGCGAAUGAAGACUGUUCUCCCUCCCAGGCACAGCCCAAUAGAAGUCUUAAUUUAUUUCUUUGCUAUGUAAGAGUGUUUAGAGUUUUUAACUUUAUUUCUCCUUCAUGCUUAGCUUGCCUUAAUAAAAAAGCCUUCAAUAAAGCCUCUUUCACUAUUAUUA